GGGCGCGUGCGCGCUGAGGCGCUGUUGCUAUGGAGACGGUGUCACGCAUGCGCUGUCGCCGUGGGGACGGCUUCACACGCUGCAGUGAAUCUAACUGGUUUCGACCCAGAAGACUCAGGCCCAGUAGUGGUGCACUGUGCACUUCCUUCAGUGGAGAGCUCUCAGGAAACACAAAUCGCUGCAGUUCUGAUGACAACUUUCCACAUGACGACAACGAUGGGGAUAAGGAGCUCAUCCACAUUCCUGCCCUCAUUUCUCCCAGCUCUGCUGAAGAUGCUGACCUGAGCCCACCAGACAUCGCAGUCGCCAGCCUGGAUUGUGACCCAAUGUCUUUCCACUGCAGCCCACCCUAAGCAGAGUCCAAGUGCCCAGACAGCAGCAUCUCCAUGAGGAGCAGGUCAGCAUCACCAAGGAGAAGCUGAGACUCUUGGAGGAGGACUUAGCAGCCAGUGUGAUGCAGUCAUACUUCUCUCUGAAUUCUGUGCUUGAUUAAUCUGAACUCUGGGGGGUGGGAAAUUUUGGGUGGGAUCAGAAACGACUGUUAGGAUGGGAAGAGGUUGGGAAAAUUGUCAUUUGUCUUUUUCACUGCUUUCUAUGUUAAAUGAUUAAAUGUUUUCUGUUCACUUUGC